UUAAUGAAUGCUAUCAGAUUGAGCAUCUAUGCUAAUAUCGAGGCAGUCAAAAAAGUUGAUUCUUAAUGCACCGACAUCUGCUCAGCCUAGCCCCACUAUCGCUAAUUCACACAUGCAUCCAUACGCCAGGAUACCAAUGACUUCAGAUACCCGCCCACGAUGAUAAACGCAGUUCUGGUCUUCAACGGCCAGGGCCAACCUAGGCUGACCAAGUUCUAUACUCAGCUGGAAACCAGCAUCCAGCAGCGCCUGAUCUCGGAGAUCUUCACGCUCGUGUCGAACCGGGCGGACGGCGCGUGCAACUUCCUGCCGCUGCCGCCGCUCCUCGCCGCCUCGGGGACCUCGCAGUCGGCGUCGGAGCCGCACAACGACGUGCCGUCGCUCGUGACGUACCGGCACUACGCGACGCUCUACUUCAUCGUCAUAUCGACGUCCACCGAGUCGCCGCUCGCCCUGCUCGACCUCAUCCAGGUCUACGUCGAGUCGCUCGACAAGCUGUUCGAGAACGUGUGCGAGCUCGACCUCAUCUUCAACUUCGAGACCCUGCACGCCGCCCUCAGCGAGAUGAUCGUCGGCGGCGUCGUCAUCGAGACCAACCUCGACCGCAUCGUCGCCGGCGUCCGCGCCCAGGGCACCGUCGCCAAGAGGCCCGUCAACGAGGCUAGGGGCUCGGGGCUCGCCGGCGGUUUGGGCAUGGGCGGUAACUUCGUCUGGCCCGGUCGGUGAUGUCUCGCGAACGUAUGUGUGUGUGUGCGUGCGUAUGCGCUUAGGUACAUGGCACAAUACCUAGAAUAUGUCUAUAGAUGGGUAUCUAGAUCGUCAACCGCAAAGGUGUCUGGAGUUCUCGCGGUUACGGGUAUGGUAUAAGCAUCGAGGACGGAGAGCAGCAUCGUCUUUUUAUGGAGAUUCCGUGCUCACACAAGUGGACGGGCGCGGAUGAAAUAUCAAUUGGGUAUUUUCCCAUCCCCCAUAACUCCACUUAUGCGACGUGAGACUCGUAUUGUACAUAGUA